AUGACUUUUUCGUCGUUUUUGAUCAAUCUCUACUCACACGUGCCACGUCUAAACUUCAAGUUUCACUGGACCAAGGACAUUUUCAAUUUCGACUGGAGCAGUGAAUACUUCCAGGCGCUGGCACUUGUGGCAUGCUUAGGAGCCGCCGUCAGUCUUCUCCUUCUGGUCACCAUCAUAAUUGUAUGGAUAUGUCAAGCGUGUCGUAAGAAUGAGACGACCGGAAAAACGAGACGUCGUGUGCGUCGACUGUCGACAGUUCUCUUCAUCAUUUCCGUUCUUUGCUUCUUCAUGCUUGGAAUAUGCCUUUUCGCCAACGAGCAUGUCAAUCGGGGAAUGUCAAUUUCGAUCAAUUCGGUUAUCAACUCAAAGAAGUCCUAUCAAAUUUCCAUCGCACAAAUCUCCCAAUUCCAAGAGGCCGCCCUGAACACCACAGUCGACCUCAAAAAUCUUGAAGACAUUGUUCACCAGGAAAGCAAAAAGACCAAAAAUGCGACGAUCGUUCAGCAAAUCGACCAAAUCCUUACAAAUAUAACAGACGAGAUCGACAUUAUUGCGAAGAAUGGGAAAUUGUUCCAAGCGAAACACGACGAUGAUAUUGGGACGUUGGAGAAUAUUCGAAAGUUUUUGUCAAUGUAUGAGAGUGAGAGAUGGGCAUUCUUGGUUAUCCUCCUCUCCAUCACCAUGUGCGUUUUGUUCACUGGAGUGGUCGCAUUUUGCAAACAGUCUAAAAAAGGAGCCGUCGUAUUCAGCGCCAUCGGAUUUUUUAUUUUCGUGGUUGUCUGGCUUUUGAUCUCGGUUUCUCUGCCGGUCACUAUUGCUCUUGCCGAUUUCUGUCGUGACGGCGAUCAAGUGACGCGAAAGAAUCUCGGCAACCUGUACGAAACUGUCCAGUUCUACAACACGUGCGUUCCGGUGACCACCCACGACAAUCUUCCGCGCCCGAUCGCAAGCCACGUGGCACUGCUGAAUAACAUUCCGGCCAGCAAAUCGCAACUGGAUCGUUUGAUGGAAGUUGCUUUUAAUAGCAGUGCGGCGAUCACUAAUUCAUCAUCGGCGGUUGGGGAAGACAUUACGAAAUUGUUAAAAUUGGCUGGAGCGGUUUCUUCGUCAUCGUCGUGCUAUGUGUUCCAUGAUGAUGUUGCGAACUUUUACUACGGAACAUGCAAUCAAUCUGUCGCUGGAAUGAGUAUCUACAUGAUGAGCAUCCUACUCCUUGGUCUUCUCCUCUUCGUAUUGCUUAUUGUCGUCUCAAAAACUUGGAAUCUAUUCUCAAGACUACCAGAAGAAUACAUUGAAGUAGAUGACGAUGAUCCGUUCUUCCCGCGUGGUGUAAACGACUCGACGAUACCUGUAGACAUCUACGGCACCCAUGUGUACAACCCAAGAACGAGAGAUCGAACGGAACCCUCAACGAAUACUACAUCUGGAACAGCAGAUGAGUCAAAUGCUCCACUCUGGAGUCAAAAUGUAUCGACACCAUUGGUCUCCAACAGCAUGACCCGCCAACCGUUCAUGUCCGACCAUCCAUACACUACCUACGAGGAUCGCUAUAACUGA